UUUGGUGAGAAAAUGAUGAAUCCUGAUGUGGAAGUUUCAGAUGAAUCCUACAUUCAGAUUAUUACAGUAUCACGAGAUUAUCUGAGUCAUAACCAAACUCUUCCCUCUGAUUAUCUGAGUCAUAACCAAACUCUUCCCUCUGUUGCUACGUCACAAGCUGUCUCACAAGAUUAUAUGGAAGUACUGUACCGGCUUGCACUCGUAGGUGAGUGGCAUGAAAUGAAACUCAUUGUUGAAAAUGAUCCUGCUAGUGUUCGCGUUCCACUGACUUCAGAUGGCGACACAGUUCUUCAUCUAGCAGUAAGGUCAGAGAACGUUAAAAUGGUGGAAGAGUUGGUUAAUGUUAUGGCGAUAGAAGACAUGCUAAAACCAAACUCAGACGGGUGGCUUCCCGUUCACCUUGCUGCUAUACCUGUCCGUUACACAAGAAUGAAAUAUCUAUACUCGCAACAUCUGCUUGACAAAAUGGCUUUCCAUCACAUUGGAUUUCUCUUUUUUAUUGCCCUUGAAUACAACUUGUUUGACUUGGCCAUGAAAUUAUUUAAAAUGUAUACACCUCAAUUGACCAUGGCAAGAGAUGGAAAGCAGCUAACAGCAUUGCAUCGGCUGGCGCGAAUGCCUUCAGAAAUUCUACAGAGGGAAUUACUAGACCACAAUGAUAACAGUGGACUAUCAAAAGUAACGGGCAUGCAAUUGCUGAGAGAGAUAUGGACGGAAGUUGAACAUUUGGAAUUACGAAAAAUAAUAUCGUUGACUACUGAUCCCACACCAAUAUUGCUUGAUGCACUGGAAUCAGGAAAUGAUGAUCAAGUAAUUCGGCUUUUCUUGAGGAUACCUCAAACAGUCAUCUACUCAAUUGACUCUAACAACGGAACCUAUUCCACUUGCUUCUUCACUAUCGACGUUUAA